AAUCCAAUCUAAUCCAAUGCAAUCCAAUAGAGAAAAACAGCCAAAGUAAAAGAUUGGCUUAGCCCACACAAUAUUUACAAAAACGCUCUAACAAAUUCAACACAGAGCCAUGGGCAAGUUUGCUCAUCCCCAGGCUGAUUAUUGUCUAUCUAGGAUCUCGCGCCAAAACCCAACGACACAUCUUUUGAACCGAAAGCCUUCACCUCUUCGACUUUACAAAUAAGUGGACCAUGAAGGACAACACUAACAACAGUAGCAGCGUUUCUGAUGACAGUCAUAAUGCAGAGGAUCAUGGGAGUGAUGAUGAAGAAGCCGAGCCUCUGGUGUUGGAAGUAGACGGAAGCACUACUACUUCUAGUACAAGAGGAUACGCACUGAAACGACGUCCUCUGGUGCAGUUUUUGGGAAUUUACGUGUUGAUUCUACUUCCCAUGGCCGGCAUUGGACUCUCCACGGUCUUGUUGGUGGGGCAUGCCACUACCAGUCAAAAGAAAAAUUCUUCUACUACUACUUCUGCUAGUGCUAGUGCUACAGAACCACCAGCAACUAUGAAUGACAAUAAGAAACCCGUCACACUCUCAACGGGUGUCGCACAUUGGGACGCUGCCUUUCUUGUGGCCAUGGCAGAAGUGUCGGAGAAUAUCAUGGCCAACGGCAAUUUCAUGGCCGGUGCGGGAUGGACGCAAUUGUGGACCCGCGAUACAUCCUAUGCCGUCCAAUUAGGGCUGGCACUGCUCUAUCCACAAGUCAGUCAAGUCACGCUCGAAGCGUGUACGCAACCACACGACGAUAAGGAUGGCCAUCAACACACACUUGACAGUAACAUAUUGGGCACGACGACGUGGCUGCAAGAUGUCUGUGGCCAUUUUAACGGUUGGCCCUAUCUGAGCGAUGCCAUUGUCGGUGCGCAGGGUGCCUGGAGUUUGUUUUUGGCGACUGGCAAUACCACAUUUUUAGAAUGGGCCUAUAAUAUGACACGCUCCACACUCACAUGGGCUGAAUUGGAAGUCUAUGACAAUACCACCGGGCUCUUUCGCGGAUGUUCCAGUUUUAUGGAAUCCAAUAGUGCCUAUCCCACCGAAUACCGAUUCAGUGGACCCAAAGUGGGAGCCACCAAGGCACUCUCCACCAAUGUACUCUAUUACAAUGGAUACACGUUGGCGGCACAAAUGGAACAAGUAUUACACCCUGGCAAAAAAGACAAAACCAAUUCACAACAAUUGCAAACCAAAGCCAAGCAUUUGCGCAAGGCCAUUCGAUCCCGCCUUUGGUUGGAAGACCACGGCUAUUAUGCGUACUACGAAGAAGCCAAUGGCACGCUUCAUCCCAAAAUGGAAGGACUGGGAGAAUCACUGCUCUUGUUGGCACCCAACUUGGAAUCCAACCAGACCCGCAUUCGACGCUUGUUUGAAAGUGUUCAUCGGACGCCGCAUGGAAUUCCGUGUCUCUGGCCGCAAUUUGAUUUGCACCGUGAAAAACCCAAAGAUUAUGCCAGUUAUUAUCACAAUGGUCGGAUUUGGCCCUUUGUACAGGGAUAUUGGGCCUUGGCGGCGGCACGACACAAACAAGUCGACGUCUUUCAACAAGAACUCGAUAGUCUCGUCGGACUGGCCAUGAACUCGGCACCCAUGGAAACAGACACCACUGGAACGCAAGAUCAACCCACAUUUGCCGAGUUUUAUCAAUUGGAUGGAACGUACAUGUGGAAACGACGACGACAAUUGUGGAGCAGUGCCGGAUACUUGGGCAUGAUAUUGCAUGGAUUGUUUGGAAUGGAAUUGCAAGUCGAUGGGAUUUUGUUUCGGCCCGUUGUGCCAGCUCAAUCCACCAAUACUACUAGCACCACGGAAGAGCAGGUCAUGACGUUGGAGAAUUUGAGAUACCGGAGGGCACUCUUGACCCUGCACAUUACGGGUCAUGGAACCGUGGUGGACACGUUUGCCAUUAAUGGGAAGCCACAAGACAAGCCAUUCCUGGCGGCAGAUGCGGUCGGCCACCAAAAGAUUGAGAUGGUCCUGAAACAGGAUGGAUAGCAGCACAAAGAGCCAGCCACUUGUAGCCGUUUCUACGAGUGUUUUAAAAGUGAAUGAUAGUAGUUAUAGUUGUCCUGCGACUCGCAGGUGAAAAUAGAAAGUGUCGCUAGUUACGGAGUGAGAAACA